CCCUCCUGAGGCUAGCUCAUACUGCGCAUGCGACGUCUGGCGGUCAGCGGGACGAUGGCGGCCUCUUCAAGUGGUGAGAAGGAAAAGGAGCGGAUGGGAGGCGUUUCGGGAAUGGUAGGCCUUGGCAGUACGCGAGAGCGGCUUCUGUCUGCGCUGGAAGAUCUGGAGGUCUUGUCGAGGGAACUUAUAGAAAUGCUUGCAAUUUCAAGAAAUCAGAAGCUGUUACAGCUGGAAGAGGAAAACCAGGUCUUGGAGCUGCUAAUUCACCGAGAUGGGGACUUUCAAGAACUAAUGAAAUUAGCACUUAAUCAGGGAAAAGUCCACCAUGAAAUGCAAGCUUUAGAGAAGGAAGUAGAGAAGAGAGACAGUGAUAUUCAGCAGCUGCAGAAACAGCUGAAAGAGGCAGAGCAAAUCCUGGCAACAGCUGUUUACCAGGCAAAGGAGAAACUCAAGUCAAUAGAGAAAGCAAGAAAAGGUGCUAUCUCCUCUGAAGAAAUCAUUAAGUAUGCACACAGGAUUAGUGCAAGCAAUGCUGUGUGUGCUCCACUGACCUGGGUUCCAGGAGACCCUCGGAGGCCAUACCCAACUGAUUUAGAGAUGAGAAGUGGAUUGUUGGGUCAGAUGAAUAAUCCUUCCACCAGUGGCGUGAAUGGUCACCUUCCGGGGGAUGCCCUUGCAGCAGGUAGACUGCCAGAUGUCCUUGCUCCACAGUACCCAUGGCAGUCAAAUGACAUGUCUGUGAACAUGCUGCCACCAAAUCACAGCAGUGACUUUCUGUUGGAGCCUCCUGGGCACAACAAAGAGAACGAAGAUGACGUUGAAGUUAUGUCAACAGAUUCUUCAAGCAGCAGUAGUGACUCCGACUGAGAAAGGUGUGGCAUGCACAGACUCCAGUGCUGCAGAGUUCUGUCAAGGGGGACAUGUAAAGCACAGACCCCCUAAAGAGCCCGUUCAAAAUCAAAGUGGGUUUUCUUCCUAUAGCCUGAACCCCUGGUUUUCUAACUGUUACACAAAUGUUUGAAGAUUAGCAGAAUUACUGUUGUGUUUGGUUUGUACGUGGCAGCUUUGGAAUGAGACUGAAGGAAAACACACACAACUCAUGGAGAAUUCUUAGGAAGGACGCUGAGCCAGGUGUCUGGGACCUGGGAGGCUGAGGGGCCGCUGUGAGUGUGGGCGCCUCGAGCUAUGUAAUGAGCUGAGCUGCCAGGGAGCAGGGCAAAGUGAGCUGUGUGUGACAUCUCAAGUGUGCUCACCUGCAAGUAAAGUCACCUGCUGUUACAGUGACGACUAUCAAUAUGUAUAUGUGGUAAAUACUGUAAUUUGUGUAAAUAAACUUGGUUUUAUUUGUA